CGUUGAAUUUUUAUCGCCAUUCUCUUAGCUACGGCCGAGGAUAAAACGUUUAGGUGCCAAAUUUCCAGUCUGCUUCCUGCGAGAAAGGGUGAAAAAACUUAGCGAAGCAAUACAAGGGGAAAAUAAUUCGUGUGUCAUCAUCCGUGUUUUGACCCGCUUUGAUUUUGAGAUUUAAAAAACUUGGCCAAAAAAUAAACAAGAAAACCCAUGGACUCGACAAAGCAAACAGAGUUAUGGACCUUCACCACAGAUAAACCUAAAACAUCGUCUGACUUCGCCUUCUGCGAUGUUUCUUACACCGUGGGCAAAAAAAACAAUGUCAAAAGGAUUUUACAACAAAUGAGUGGCACGUUCAAAUCAGGUCAACUGACAGCUAUUGUAGGACCGUCUGGGGCAGGAAAAACCACGUUGAUGAACAUUUUAGCAGGAUUAAAGAUAACUGGAGUCGAAGGCAGAAUCGAGGUUGACGGUGUCGAACGGAAUUUCAAAACUUUCCGGAAGCAAUCGGCGUACAUCACGCAAAAGGACUAUCUACUGAAAGACUUGACCGUUGAGGAAUACAUGACAAGUGCAGCGCAUCUAAAGCUGGGCAACAAAGUCUCCGACAACGAAAAGAAAACAAGGGCAGAGUUAAUUCUAAAGACAUUAGGACUAACAAACGUUGCGACGACGCAAAUUUCCCGUCUAUCUGGUGGCGAAUGCAAGCGACUUUCUAUUGGACUGGAACUGUUUGACAAUCCCUCCUUCCUAUUUCUGGAUGAACCCACAAGCGGAUUGGACAGCUUGUCGAGCUUACAAUGCGUUGCAUUACUCCGCAUAAUUGCCAGCACUGGCCGAACGGUCGUGGCCACCGUCCAUCAGCCCAGUUCACGGCUGCUGGACCAUUUUGAUCAUUUGUACGUCGUUGUAGGUGGAUCGUGCAUGUACCAAGGACCUGUUGAAUCUUUGGUGCCGUAUCUACAGACAUUCAACUUAAACUGCCCCAAAUAUCAUAAUCCUGCUGAUUUCGUAAUGGACGUGGCUUCAGGAGAAUACGGUGAUCUGCUACCCCAGUUGGUGUCCGGCGUUCAAAAUGGUCGUCUCAUUUAUCGAGGAAGUUCAGCAUCUUCACAUUCUACACGAUCUAUCAGUUUGGAAAGAAAUGAAUCCCACCAGAUGAAUGACGAUGAGGCAGAAAAGAAGGACAGACAAAAACGUAUAACAUACGGCGCUCCGUUUCGCACCCAAGUGAAGGUCUUGCUCGAAAGAACUUGGCGAACGAUGUGGAGAGAGAAGAUGCUGACUCAAAUUCGCUUCGUUACGCACAUCGUGUUCGCAAUCUUCAUGGGAUCGGCGUAUCACAUAGUGGGAAAUGACGCUAAUUACCCGUUGAGUAACGCUGGGUUGCUCUGCUUCAAUCAACUAUUUGUUGUUUUUACAUCUGCGAUGCCAACCGUCGUAACCUUUCCAAUAGAGAGAAACGUGCUGAUUCGCGAGCACUUGAAUCACUGGUACAGCCUCAAAGCCUAUUACUUUGCCAAACUGCUAGUCGACAUUCCGUUCCAGAUCCUUUUUCCUGCUAUAUUUUUGGCAAUCGUCUAUCUGAUGACCGACCAACCCAUGUGCAUGAUGCGUUUCAGCAUGCUUCUGUUGACGACAAUAUGCAUGGCACUUGUGGGACAAGGGAUCGGGCUCAUUUUUGGAGCUGCUUUCGACAUCCAGAAAGCUGUAUUCCUUGCACCAGUUUGCGCGAUUCCAUUGCUUCUUUUCGCCGGUUUUUUCAUACAUUUGAACUCCGUACCAUUCUACCUGAGAUGGGUCUCUUACGUGAGUUUCUUUCGCUUUGGUUUCGAAGGAGCCAUGUUAUCCGUCUACGACUACGACCGUCCACCACUCAAUUGCUCCCAACCUUAUUGCUAUUUUCGCUCUCCCCACAAGUUUUUGGAAACCUUUGACAUGGACCAGAGUUCAUACUACGUAUGCAUUAUUGCCUUGAUGAUAAACUUUGUAGUAAUAAGAAUUGCUGGCUAUUUUGUUUUGCGUUUCAAGCUUAAUAGCGUAUCCUAAUUUUUUGUUUUAUUGCGUUCCUACCAUUUUCCCAUUUGGUCUGACUAACUUAAAGCUAAUUGUCUUGUAUUGAAAAUACCUUUACGAUGCUCCAGGUGUGAUGUGGGCACAUAAGGCUAUUCAAGGUAAACAGGUACGUAAAAUUAUGAAAUAAUGUUAGAUUAGAAUGGAUUUAAUUUUCCCGACAUACUGUACACAAGAACGGACAUCAUAAUUAAUAAACAGUUUAAAUGCA